AAUAGCCGCAAUAGAAAUCUCCUUUUGGGCUUAAACCCUCCUCCAUUUUGUUUUCUAGGGUUUUUGGAACUAAUUCCCUUCCAGCCUAGCAAUGGCUCUGUUUCGAUCAAAAGUGAUCUGGCAUCUUCAUCGUUCGCUGCAUCAUCUUGAUCUUCCAUCCAUUUCGCGAAGCUUUCAAUCUUGCAUGUGCGCAGCCUAUGAAGUUGUACCGUAUAACAGUUGUUCUGGCUCUGGAUAUUCUUUGAUGAAAUAUUCAGUUCAUGGAUUUGGGUAUAGGGGCAUGGCUACUUGUUCUUACGGGAUCAGCUUGAUUAUUGGGAAGCCUGGUAGGGAUGAAGCAAUGGUGACCUCUCUAAAGGUUAUUGAAUCUGGAAUAAAUUUGAGCGGGACAAGGUCAAUGUCGACAAUGAAGGUGCCUACUGGUGCACGCCAGGUGGCCUUGAAAGUGACCAUGUUGAGCCCAGGAUUUGUUUAUGAACCCUAUGCCCCACGCGAACCAAUCCCAUUUUGGCGAAGAUGGUUCACACCAAGUGGGUGGAGAAGAACCAAAGAAGAUCUCAUUUUGGAGAUGAAGAGUGCCUAUGCAAUUUCCAGGCUAAGAAAAGUGACUGGAUAUUCCAAAAAAAUAUUUUAUGAGCAUGCUGUUAAAUUAUACAAGGAGAUAAACACCUUGAUGGCAGACAGGGAUACAUCAUCAUUGAGGAAAUUGGUUACAGAGAAGAUGUAUUCUACACUGAAAAAUGAAAUAAAGCGAAGGGAAUCCAUGUGGAGUAGUGUUCAUUGGGAAUUGAUUGAGCCCAUAGUCAGCAUUCGGACCUUGCGGGCACGAAUGAUUGCACUGGAUAAAAAUGACCUUGAUAAAUCUUUUGUCCAGCUCACUAUAGAAUUCACCUCGAAACAGAGGUUUGAAGCAUAUGAUUCUAAAGGUGGUGUCAUCUCUGGAGACAAGACAAAAGAGGUACUUGUACGUGAUAUCUGGGUAUUUGAAAGAUCACUCUUUCAUCCUGGAGCAGAGUGGCGUCUUUGCUCACGGAUAACACUAUAGUUUUGUUCAUUGAAUCACUUUGUCCGAACUGCUGAGGCCUUCAUCAGAAACAAUGAAAAAAAUCAGUAAAUCGCUCUUUCACGUACUCGAUUUUCUUUUGGUGCUAUAAUUCAUGAAAAAAAUAACUGUGAAAGAAGGAUUUUUUUUUUUUUGCGUACUGUCAAUUUUGAGAAGACAAAUGCUAUAUAAUUUAGCAGAGUUGAAUAAUAGCCGGCUUUGGCUUAGUUUUUUA